AUGGCCAGAGGCAGCUUUAGUAUAGCAUCUCUCAUCGAGCCCGACCCAACGCCCGAUAAAGACACCGUCGAGUCCGACCAAACACCCACAAAGGAUACCAUCGAACCCAACCUGCUCCUCCGCCUCCCAGGCGAGCUACGCAACCGUAUUUACCGCGACUUGAUCGAGCACGACCGCACCCACGAGUCCCUCUGCCUAUCCGAACGAUGGUUUGGGGGAAUAGGCGGCCGCUGGCAGUACAAAGUCGAGCCCGACACGCCCGCGCUCGCGUUCACCUGCAAGCAAAUCCGGCAUGAAGUCCUCGACAUCUUCUUCGGCGAGCGCACGUUCGACCUUACCUUUAAAGCUUUCCAGUACGACAAGGAAUGGCUGGAAAGGUGGUCAAGGAUUGCUGGGCCUUCGUUGCGGUAUCUUCGGAAGGUUCGGGGGGUACUCUACUUCGACGGUCUGCCCGGAACUAGCAAAAAAAGCUCCAGUCCCCAUCCUUACGGCGUCGUCGAUGUGACGGUAUCGAAAACCGGAUCGCUAGCCUUGAGGAACGCGCACGGUACCCUCUUCACUUCAUACAACCGCGAAACCCUCGACUCCCUCUUCGAGCAGCGGCUACAGGAGGCGAUGGCCGGUCUCGUUGGGUCACCGGAUGAUCCGCCGGUGGUGAGGUUCUUCAAGUCUUUUGCGAAGGAGGUCGAGAGGAAGGAGAGCGGGGGCAAAGGGCGGAAGCGCAAGGUUACGAUGGACAGGUUGUGGUUGUAUUAG